AUGGAACCCGCAUCGAUACCCGCCCCGACUGCCGAUUCACAGUCAGGCGAGCUUCCGCCAGAAGCCGUUGCUCUGGCAGGAAGGUUCUUUGACGCCGCCCGGUCGGGUCAGAUGGAUAUAUUCGAGCAAGCCUUGCCUCGGGGUUUACCUGCGAAUCUGACCAACGACAAGGGGGACACAUUGCUGAUGCUCGCCUCUUAUCACGGCCACGCCCCCUUGGCCUCACUGCUGGUACAGCACGGUGCAGAUCCUAACCGCAUCAAUGAUCGAGGGCAAUCCAUCUUGGCAGGAGCGGUUUUCAAGAACGAAGCUGAAGUGGUCGACAUCCUCCUGGAAGCCGGGGCCGAUCCCGAGAUUGGACAGCCAAGCGCUCUAGAGGCGACAAGAGUCUUCAGACAAGAAGCAUAUGAACAAAAGUUCAAAGAGCAGGUUGAGAAACUAAAAGCCGCCCGAGCCAGGGCAAUGGACGGUAGUGCGUGA